GCGUUAGAGUCCGUUAGACUGUUUUGUAACGCGUGCGGCCCCUACACGCUCGAACCCACGUCUUCUUUUUCGUGUCCUCUAAUUCCUCUUUCUCCUCCUUCUCUUGCUUCUCCUUCCUCCUUACUACCACCUCUUUUUCCUCCUCUUCCUCCAUCUUCUCAUCUUCUUCUUGUUCUUCGCGAUCUUCGCCACAGACGACGAAACGACAUCCUCCUGACUCUUCGUCUUCGUCGUUUUGUCUUAGUUUAUUGUUAGAGAGACGCGUAGAUCCAUCACGAACGACCGGCGGAUCUUAGUACGACGUCCUCCUCCUGCCUUUGGUUUUCGAUAUACUUCUUCGGCGUUUCGAAACUUCUAAGAGUGUCUUCUCUAUCAAGGGAUCAGUGAUUUUCACAGAGUUUCUAUGUACAGUGAUAAGAGCACGUGAGUCUUCUGUGAAUUACGUGCGGAGUGAACCGUAACGCAGUCGACAGGAUUAUUUUGGAGAAUGGAACGAAAAUCGAAAAUAGAUUGGAGUAUCUUCGUCGAGACGAAAACAAUGGGGAUAUUCACGGUGACAAUAUUAUUGUAUCUAAUUCGUGUACUGUAGUGUGUUUUUGUACGAUCGAAAACAUUGAGAGAACACCCAGGAUUGUUUACAAGACAAGAUUGUUUACCGACAAAAGCUUUGUAGUAGCUUUGUUGCUGGGUUACAAGGACUGUUCCGUUCAGACUCUCUACGAACGCGCACGAAGAUACAUAUCCAUGGAGAUUCAACGACGAUGCUUUUGAAAUACGCAUAAAGUUAAAAAUGUUAACAAGUUUUGCGAUGGAUCGAAAGAACGAGGAAAAGGGAAGACGAAAUUACGUUCACGAAUGUAGCGUCUUCGAAGCACGUGCUUCGAUGUUAUUACACAAUUUUGCGUUUUUCAUGCGAGGAUAGAAGAGGAGAAGAAAAAGAAGGGGUAGAAGGUAUUACCGUGGGACAUUAUCGAAGUCCCUUUUAAACGAGUCGUGUGCGUAAACGUGCGUGCGUGUAUGUACAAGGCUGGAACGAAAAGUAUGCGGCACCGUGCAAGAUGAAGGGGCCAAGAAUCAGUGGCCUACCGAGUGAGAAAAAGUUGGACUCUUGCCAAAAGGCACGUCAGGAGUGUUGGCGAGUGUUGCUUACGUACUUGAGCUUCUGUGCGUUGCUGCCCGGCACCAUUCUUUCAGAACCUGCUCAUAUACGCGAACUGUCCAAAGGAAAUUCUCGUCGGAACGUCAACGAUGCUACUAACGAUUCCGUCGGCACGGAUUUGCCCAUUUUCGAGCCGACUGCUCCAAAUGUUACGGGUUUCGUUGGGCAAACAGUGUAUCUACCAUGUCGAGUGCGAAAAUUGGCCGACAAAGUGGUAUCUUGGAUGAGGAUCAGGGAUCUUCAUAUACUUACGGCAGGCACGGUGGCCUUCAGUAGCGAUGCUAGAUUCCAUCCCCAACAUACUCCUGGAAGUGACGCUUGGACCCUUAGGCUAGAUAAUGUUAAAAAAACGGAUUCGGGCAUAUACGAAUGUCAAGUAAAUACAGAGCCGAAGAUUAUGUACGCCGUUCGAUUAUCUGUCAGAGAGCCCGAUAAACCAGAGGGUUACGACGAACCGCAUUCUCAACAAACACGCAUAAGUUACGAAAGUACGGCACCCGUGGCGGCCAUAAUGGGUCCUCGGGAGCAAAGGGUGCCAUCGGGGUCGACGAUCACCCUAAGAUGCGUCAUAUCGUCUCCAUAUCAGACUCGUCCCAUCAGGGGUGUACAAUGGCUUCAGGAUAACAAACUCCUAACAUUCCAGGCAGCUCGCGGUGGUAUAAACGUGGAAACGGAAAAAGGCGCAGCACAAACGGUUUCCGAAUUGACUUUGGCUGCUGUCACGGAAGAUGAUACAGGAAAAUAUUCAUGCAGACCAGCGGAAGGACGAUUAGAUACUGUGAUGCUGAUCGUCGAACCAGGAGAACGUACGGAAGCCAUGCAACGUGACGCUGGAUACAUCUCUUCCGGAAAUGACGUCAACCACUGGUCCGGGCUUUUAUUUCCGUUAUCAUGGUUUUUAAUAUUAGCGUGAAUGAAACAGCCGAUUUUUUAUCGCAAUAGUCCGAAACUCAAAGUAUUCUCUAUUCACAAUAUCUCUUUCUAUUACUUUAAAAAUUUUUUAUAUUUUUACCUAAGUAGUACCUAAAAAACAAAAAGACUAAAAAAGCUUACAUCUUAUGAGAAAGGGAGAGUAGAGGUGCGUUUUGAUAAGUUUCAUAAGAUUAUUGCUUUUUUUUUUCUUUUUUUUUUUUUUAUAGUAAGAAACGCAAAGAAAAUGAGAGCGUCUUGUCGUUCGCGUUUAAGUUAGUAAUUUAUACACGAUUCUUUUUCUUUACAGCGAAGCAUACACUUUCUGUGCUAACUUAUUACCUAUGAAGGUAAUAUCAUUUUUUUCUUUGCACAUUUUACGACGUUAAACACAUGGAAACAUGCGAGAAAAUAUUUAGAUAUGCACAUGCACACGUAUAUUAUUCGACCAUUUAACUUCUCGUUCGUUUCUCGUUAAUCGGACCUACUUUAAUUAUUUCCGCUUAGAUACAUAUUAUCUUUAAUUUAGUUAGCCGUUUAAGAGUCUACUUUUUAAAGUUCAAAAGAAACUUCGAUCGAUUAAUGAUCGAAAACUCAGGCAUUUCAUUGAAGAAAUAGAGUACGGAUUUUUUUUCUUUUCUUUUUUCUUUUUUUUUUUUUUUUUUUUUCUUCUUUCUUAUAAGGACGACGACGAUAAAAUGUUGAAGCGAUGGAGGGGUGGGGGGUAGAGAGGGCUACGCUUGACUCGCAUUAAAUCUUUUUCAUCGUUAACUUAUUUUUUUCGCAAAUAAUUUAGAAAGCGAGCGAGUCACGAUACUUCAUUUCGUUCACGACGUGCGAAGCCAUUCGUGUCCUUUGGCCGUUCUUCUUUCUCUUUUUCGCUCUCUUGUGAGCACGCGAUGGCAUCUCUUUAAAUGACGCUUUUAGGACCAGUAAGAUUAAAGUGAGCAAGAUGCGUCAAAGGACGCGGAAAUAAUUUGAUAUCGUGUAUCGUAGCCCGGUUCAUCCUUCAGAUACAUUCUUUCUUUUUUUUUUUCCUUUUUUGAUUUCCUCUUUUUGUAGGACAUGCAUACUUUUUGAUUCAGACCAGAAAUUCUGAAUAUAGUGGAAACGUUUUUUACGAAAAGUGCAAGGUGUACGCCUCGUUUCAACGUUUCAUCACCGAGAGAGAAAUCUAGAAGUUGAUCUCACACGCUUUACAUAAACCUGUCUCGUCGCAGGGUAAAUUUUAGUCGAUUUGAGUAAGGCCAGUUAGUUGUUAUAUAUUUUUCUUUUCUUUUCUUUUCUUUACUUUUCUUUUCUCUCUCUCUCUCUCUCUCUCUCUCUCUCUCUGUCUUUUUCUCUUUUUUUUUUUAUAGAAAUAAAUCACCGACAAACGCACAUAUGUAUCAGGGUCAUAGUAUUUUAAGGAUUCUUUCUGUUUUUUAUUAUUUUUUAUCAAUUUUUAAAUCGCGAACGAUUACUUUAAUAUUAUGUAUUAAAACGAUUAGAUCGCAUCGAAAGUAUCGUACGAAAUGGCAUAGUAAAUAUGAAGACAUUUUA